CGCCCCUGCCCUUUUGGUUAUUUUAUGAGAGUUGGGAUUAGGGGAAAUGAACAUAGAGCUAGAAAGAAGAGGUAGCCCAAACAUCUCCUUCCUCCUCUGUGCUUUAUUUGAUUAUUCUCUUCCAUUCAAGUAAAGUUGUCUGCUUUUAAUCAAUUUUUGACAGGCAAAGUGCAUUAAGUUGGUGUUUGGAGCAAAUUUUUGUUUCUUUCUCAUUUAAUUUGGGGAUAUUCAAUCCAUCUUCAUAGAAGCUUUUUCUUAUUUGAAGUUUUAUUUGUAAGUUUUGGUUCAAAGACCCUUACUACCUACUUCUAUGUACCUAACACAUUUAAUUUUAUAGUUACCAAUAGACUGUUCCAAUAGCAAUAAUUGAAUAGAGUAGACUUCAUAUAACUUUGUCCCAAAUAUCAUCUCUUUUUACAAUCCACACACUUGAUCUUUUUCUUCUCAAAUUUUAAAAACUUAACUGAAUUCAUGGCAUCAACUUCUUCUUCUUGUUCUGGGUGCUGUCCUCGAUGGAAGUACAAUGUGUUCUUAAGUUUUAGAGGUGAAGAUACUCGUAAAACAAUUAUAGGUUACUUGUAUGAACGUUUGACAAGGAAGGGAAUAAUUGCCUUUCAAGAUGAUAAAAGGCUAGAGCGUGGCGAUUCAAUCCCAGAAGAACUCUUGAAAGCUAUCCAAGACUCUCAAGUUGCCCUCAUCAUUUUCUCAGGGAAUUAUGCUACAUCGAGGUGGUGCUUGGAUGAACUAGUGAAGAUCAUGGAAUGCACCAAGGAUGAAAAUGAAAAAAUAGUCAUGCCGGUAUUCUAUGGUGUGGAACCAUCACAUGUUCGAAACCAAAGUGACAGCUUUGCUGAAGCAUUUGCCGAACAUGAAUCAAAGUAUAAGGAUGAUGGUGAGGGGAUGCAGAAGGUGAAAGAAUGGAGGACUGCCCUAACUGCUGCCGCAAAUCUAAAAGGAUAUGUAUUCGGUAAUGGGGUUGAAUCUGACUAUAUUGAGUGUAUUGUUGAUGAAAUUUCGUUCAAAUGCAAGAGUUCAGUAUCUUAUUUGCACAAAGUUGUGGGAAUAGAUGCUCAAUUAGAGAAAGUAGAAUCCCUACUAAAGAUGGAAAUCAAUGAUGUUCGGAUUGUGUGGAUCUGGGGAAUGGGGGGAGUCGGUAAAACGACAAUAGCAAAGACUAUUUUUUAUAACCUCUCGUCCAAAUUUAAAGAUGGUUGUUUCCUUGAGGAUAUCAAAGAAAACAAACAUAGAAUGCACUCUCUGCAAAAUAUCCUUCUCUCUAAACUGUUAGGGGAAAAAGAAAAUUGUGUGAACAAUAAGGAGGAGGGGAAGCACCUGCUGGCUCGUAGACUUCGGUUUAAGAAGGUUUUAAUUGUGCUUGAUGACUUAAAUCACAUAGACCAGUUGGAUUACCUAGCAGGGGAUCUUGAUUGGUUUGGCAAUGGCAGUAGGAUUAUUGCAACCACUAGAGACAAGCGUUUGAUAAGGAAGGGUGUAGUACAUGAAGUGGAAACACUACUUGACUGUGAUGCUAUUAAACUGUUCAAUCAAUAUGCUUUCAUGAAAGAAGUUCCUGAUGAGUGUUUUAAGGAUCUAAUGUUGAAGAUAGUAAGUCAUGCUAAAGGCCAUCCUUUAGCGUUGAAAGUGUGGGGUUCUUCAUUACACGGGAAGGGUAUAAUUGUGUGGAGAAGUGCUCUAGACCGAAUGAAGAAAAACCCUGGUUCAGAAAUUAUUGAAAACCUCAAAAUAAGUUAUGAUGGGUUGGAGCGUGAAGAGCAAGAUAUAUUUCUAGAUAUAGCAUGUUUCUUCCGAGGAAAUGAAAAAAAAGAAGUCAUGCAAAUCCUUGAGAGUUGUGAUUUUCCAGCUGAAUAUGGAUUGAGCGUCCUUAUUGACAAAUCUCUCGUGUUCAUCUCUAGCCAUAAUAAAAUUCAAAUGCAUGACUUAAUACAAGAUAUGGGUAAAUAUGUAGUGAAAAUGCAAAAGGAUCCGGGCGAACGUAGCAGAUUAUGGCUAGCUGAAGAUUUUGAAGAAGUGAUGGUCAAUAAUACGGGAACCAAGGCAACGGAAGCAAUCUGGUUUCGUUAUCGUCAAGAAAUAUGCUUUAGCAAAGAGGCCAUGAAUAGUAUAAAAAACCUUAGGAUUUUAUACAUAUGUCAGGAGCAUGCAUUCACAUGCAUCAAUUGCCAUGAUGGCUCCAUUGAGUACCUUUCUAACAACUUGCGUUGGCUUUCCUGGAAUCAUUAUCCUUGGGAGUCAUUGCCAGCUAAAUUUGAACCCAAAAAGCUUGUUUAUCUUCAACUAAGGUUCAGUUCACUGCGUCAUUUAUGGACCGAAACAAAGUAUUUGCGGUCCCUACAAAAGCUAGAUCUCAGGGACUCAAAAAGACUCAAAGAGUUGCCAGAUUUCACCAGGAUGCCAAAUUUGGAGUAUUUGUAUCUCAGAUCUUGUAGUAAUCUUGAAGAGGUUCAUGAUUCCCUGGGAUGUUCUAGAAAACUUAUUCAGUUAGAUUUGAGUGAUUGUGAAAGACUUCAGAGGUUUCCAUGUGUUAACGUGGAAUGUCUUGAAUAUCUGGAUCUACGAGAUUGCUCUAGUUUAGAGAAGUUUCCAGAAAUGCUCGGAAGAAUGAAGCCGGAGUUAGAGAUUUACAUGAGACCCUCUGGGAUAAGGGAAAUACCACCAUCUAUUAUUCAACAACAAGCAUGUCUUACAGAGCUAAAUUUGAGUUAUAUGAUAAACCUUGAAGCUUUUCCAAGCAACAUUUGUAAGUUGAAGGGUUUGGUGAAGUUAAAUGUAUCGUACUGCCCAAAACUUGAAAGCUUGCCAGAAGAGAUAGGUGAUUUAGAAAACUUGGAGUGGCUUGAUGCCACAUGGACUCUAAUUUCACGACCUCCUCCUUCCAUUGUCCACUUGAACAAGCUUAAAUUCUUAAGUUUUAAAAAAUAUAAAUCAAAAGAUGGAGUGUGCUUUGUGUUCCCUCAAGUGAAUGAAGGGUUACACUCAUUGGAACAUUUGAAUCUCAAUCACUGCAAUCUAAUAGAUGGAGGACUUCCGGAAGACAUUGGAUGCUUAUCCUCUUUGAAAGAGUUGUAUCUCUGUGAAAAUAAUUUUGAGCAUUUGCCUCGAAGCAUAACCCAACUUGGUGCUCUUCUAUCCUUGGACUUAUCACAGUGCAAGAGGCUCAAAGAGUUGCCAGAUUUCACGGGGAUGCCAAACUUGGAGACUUUGAAUCUGUCAAAUUGUAUGAAUCUUGAAGAGGUUGAUCAUUCCGUGGGAUUUCUCAAAAAGCUUUGUACAUUAAAAUUGACUAAUUGUAAAAGGCUUAAGAUGUUUCCAGUUCUGUGCAUUGAUUCCCUUGAAUAUAUGGGUAUGUGUGGGUGUUCUAGUUUAGAAAAUUUUCCAGAAAUCAUCGGAAGCAUGCAAGUGGAGUCAGAGAUUCACAUGCUAGACAGUGUGAUGAGGGAUCUAAAUUCGGUGUAUAUUUCAUUUCCUGAUUCCUUGUCUCAGAGUAUCAUUUCCUUGCAGCAUGACAUCUCUGGUUCAGAUUCCUCGUCACUAAGAGUGUUUACCAUUGAGCAUCCUGGGAAGAAGAUCCCAAGAUGGUUCCACCAUCAGGGAAUGGAUAAAAGUGUUUCAGUCAAUUUGCCUAAGAAUUGGUAUGUAUCAAAUAACUUUGUGGGAUUUGCUGUAUGUUACUCUGGCUGCUUAACUGAAACCACAGCUCAAUUGAUUCCCUUGUGUGAUGAUGGCAUAUCGUGGAUGACCCUGGAAGUGAAAUCAUCCCACCAUUCAAAAUGGAUUACAGAACCUAAGAUUCAUUUUUUCUUGGUACCUCUUGCUAGAUUAUGGGAUCCAUCUAAGGCAAAUGGAAAAACACCAAAUGACUAUGGAAUUGUUAGAUUAUCUUUCUCUGGAAAAAUGAAGGAGUAUGGAUGUCGUUUGUUGUAUAAAGAUGAACCAGACCUCGAAGCCUUGUUACAAAUAAGGAAAAAUAAUGAUAAACCAACAGAGAACUCCAUGAGCAAUGAAGCCAGCUGCUCCUCUUGUAAGAGACAUUCUAAUAUUCGUGGGAGAGUCACCAGUCUCUUCAGAAACUUUGCAGCUCUUUCGUGCAAACCCAGGAAUUUCUCUUAAAUAUUGGUCUUGAGAUACGUUGGAGUCGUGGACGCUGCCAACAGAAAAGGGACUGUCGAGCUGCAAAGAUACAGUAAGGAACACCCAUUUGCACAACUCUCAGGAUCGGAUGCAUGGUCCGGGUGCUGGGGCUGAAGUGACAGCUGGUCGAGAUUCUGUGACAUCUGGCAACUUGCUAGGGAUUUGGGUAAAAGAUGAAACAUUUGACAUCAGAGAUGGUGGAGGAAGCUGGAGUACGAGGUGGAAUCGAGGUUUGUUAUCCCUCGUGAAGAUGAAUGUGCGCGAAGCAGGAAAGCUGUGCCAAAACGGAUGGAUGAAAGAAGUCUUGGAACUAUCACAUCAGAAAGCACAAGUGGUCCAAAUGGGAACUAUUUCCAAGAAUAUUUGAAUGUAGUUACCAAGGUCUACUGACGAAGCGUAGUUAUCUACAUGGUACAAGUAGUUUGUGUAUAUGAAGCAUGCGGAUUAAGUAGUUUGUGGCUUUCAAAUCCAUACUCAUAUGUGCUGCUCCAACUUCAAUAAUUUAUCCAAUCCAUCUACAUGGAUGCUAAUCUAAUCAGUACUAUUGAAAACUCACCAACUUAUGGAAAGAUCCUCAAGAUUCAAUUUGUUUUAUAAACUUCUCUAUUUUUAUGUAAAAUUAUAGUAUUUCUUCGCUA